AUGAUUUCCCAUCUGUCAGUGGAGCAGUUCCUGCUCAACAGGCCCAGCAGCGAGAGGGCCGCGUGGCAGGAGAAGUGGGAGUCGAGUGGCAGAGACAUGGAGGCGUUCAUGGAGCACCUGGGGGAUGGAGGCCUGAGGCCCCCCAGCAUGGUCCAUGUCAGCAUGCAGGGGCAGGAAGCCCUGUUCUCGGAGAACAUGCCCACUCCCCCAGAGACACCCCGACCAACAGCACCAGGAGAAGCAGAUGAAGAUGGCGGCAACCUUUCCAGUCCAGACCAUCAACCCCCCUCCCUGCUCAUCCUGGAGGGAGAGAGCCCUCAGGGGCCCGCUGAGGGCGAGGUGUCCGGGGAGAGUCCACGCAGCUCCGGUUCGGCAAGUCCGGGCGCCCCCACUGCCCAGGAAGAGCCUCCCCGAGAGGAGGCGCCCCGGGAGGCGGGGGGCGCCGGGAAGCUGUACUGGUGCGACCGGUGUCCCCGGGUCUUCGGGUAUCUCUCUCAGUUCCAGCUGCACCAGAGGAGACACAACAACGAGCAGCCCUUCGUUUGCGCCACGUGCGGCAAAGGCUUCUUCCAGGCCUCGGACCUGCGCGUGCACGAGCUGAUCCACGCGGAGGAAAGGCCCUUCCGCUGCCGCCACUGCGACUGGGCCUUCAGCCACCGGACCAACCUGCGGGCGCAAGAGCGCAUCCACACGGGCGCCAAGCCCUACGUGUGCUCUCAGUGCGGGAGAACCUACUGCCAGUCCUCCAUCUACCACCGCCACCUGCAGAUGCACCAGAGGAAGGCCUCCGUGUCUGGGGCCUCCACGCCCUGGGACACCACGUCCGGGGCCUCCACGCCCGGAGCUUCCUCCCUUUAA